ACGGCCCCCGGGCCCGGCGUCAUGACCCGGCGGGGCCGUUCUGGCCGGGUCCCCAGAGACGUGAGCGCGGCCACCACAAAGAACCAUUGGACAGAAAGCAACAACACUGAACCCCACACAGGAAACACCCCCUUUUAUCAGAGUCAAGGGGACCAUUCAGGUUCCAGGAAGGGAUUGACAACUCAGACUGCCAGAAUGAGCCGCAGUUCUUCAGGAGCCCCAGAAAACCCCUCUUUCCUACCUGAGACAAGUGCUGAGGGGAGGAACAAGUCUUCCAGCCGAGCAAACGUCCCUGUUCUGCAUGCCGGACGCUCGCCUGAGAUCACCACGACCCUGACCGACCACGGCAGCUCCUCGUCCUUGGAGAGCUUCCCCCAGUCUCCCGACAGUUCCAGGUCAGAAGGAAGAAUCACCGUCCCUCAAACUGAGAGUGGAGUAUCCCCGGACUUCCUGGAGAGGGCCAGGGAGCUCCCAGAAGAAGGGACUGUGCAUACACAAAUGGUUGGCACUGGGGUGUCCAGCCAAGCCUCCCUUCCUGCACUGGAACCUGGGAAGCCAACCGUGCUCUUCCAGAAGAGAAAUUCAUCAGGCCCGGAGCACUCUGGGCUGCAGUUCUCUUGGACCCAGAGUCGACCACCUCCCUCAGACCAUCCCUCGUCUUCUGGAAGCAUAAAGAAUUUUAACAACUCCACUGCCCUCCAAAGCCCAUCAGUCACCCAGACAAAGAGUACACAUGUCACCAACACAUUCACUAAUGGUGUCCCAAGAAUGCUCCGGUCUUUGACUGUCAGCAUGGAACCUAUAAAUGAGACAGAGAGCUUGCCUGAGCACUCCAGAAUUGCCAUAACUUCAGCCUCAGUCCAUUCUUCACCCUCUGUGGUUGACUCAAGGACACACAGCAGACUACCUGAGAGUCUGGGAGAUGGAGAAGGCAUGGGGCCAUCUACAGAAAAUGGGUUUGGACUUCCAUCCGUGCACUGGCAAAGUGACUCCCACACCUUUGGAGGACAUCAGCUUGCCAGCAGCUCGGAAGCAGGAAAUGGAAGUGCCGUGCCUCUGACUGAACUGGCGUUUAGGUCAGUUCCCUCCAUUGGUGGUGGAGAGCACACAGGACAGUGGUUCCCCACCAAGAGCAAAACAUCUACAGCUCCAGCAGAAAGCUCUGCUUUGCAUCCAGAAGCUGGGAGCCCUCGGACUUUGACUCAGUUCUCACACACUGCACAACAGCCCCACGGUGGGAGCUCAGGGUUGGAUGGGAAGAGUUCCUCAGAGUCUUCAUCCACGUCUUCCUCGGAAAGUCUGGAUUCUGCAGCACCACGUGGAGGACACUCAACCCCGGAAGAAGAUGGUGCGCUGCUGAGUGACAGCUCGGACCUGGCAGAGAGCACUUCUGUGGUGCGCGCCCCGCACACGUCUGCCAUGCUCACCCGGGGCGGGGAACGCACGCUGCGAUCCCUCGGCCUCUCGCGCGCUGCCGCGACCCACCCAGCGCGCCCCACUCCGCGUGGGAACGUGACGGAGCACGCGGGCCUGCUGCCCCGGGCAGCUACCCUCGGAGUCACUGGACUGAACGACGGUCAAGAGCCCGGCUCAGACGCGGAACAGAGGACGUCCGGUGACCACACCGACCACGCCUAUGUUUCGUCUACUUUCACCAAAGGAGAACGGACAUUACUGUCCAUCACGGAAAACUCUUCCUCCUCAGACUCCGGCGAGAGCUCAACCUCUUAUAUUAGGAUCUCAGACCCUCCACGCUUGGACUUUUCUUCUUCUCAGGCUCAGACUAAAAGAAGUAACGUGUCCUCCUAUGAUGGCGAACCUGCUCAGUCUUCCACCGAGUCACUGGAUCUGCAUACAUCCCACCUUCCAUCCCAUACAUCCACCGUUAAUGUGCCAGACACCUUGGGUCUUGACGCCAGCACUCAGUCUGUUGAGGACCCCUCUGAGGCGGCCCCUUCUCCGCUCCCCUCAGUGUUACAACCCCACCAGUUUCCAUCAACCUUACCAUCAACCGGGUCUCCCACACAGCAGCUGAAGUCUACCUCUGAGCCAGCCACACCUUCAGCAUCCUCCCCGUCACCUUCACCCAUCUCCUUCGUGGUGUCAACCUUUGCCCCGCACUCUGUCCCGCAAACGACCGUCCCACAUUCAUCUUCUCCCCUGAUCCCACACAGGGCAAGGGAGCCACGUGUAACUUCAGUCCAGAUGUCAACAGUGGUAUCCCCUGUAGUGGUGUUCCUCAGUAACCAGACAGCAGACCCCAAGAACCAGAGCACCCCACAGCAAGACAAAACCGUCACGGAAGCAAAGUCACCAAGCCUGGCGUCUCUGCCCACGGACUCUACCAAGCCAGUAACGAUGAGCCUUCCUCCAGGGACCCCUUGGUCCCCAGCCUUAAUGGGGUUCUCCACAGAGCCAGCCCUUCCAGCCACAAGCACCAGCUUAGCCCAGAUGUCUCCAGCUUCGACGUCUCCCAUUUCCCAGACGACUCGCUCUCCUGUGACCAGUCCCAGCACCGUGUCAAGUACGGAAGCUUUGACCCCAGGGGCUGUCAUUGUGCCCACUACCCCUGACCCUGAGGAACAGCACCUGCCAACCAACCCUGAAAUUCUAGUGCUGCAAACCUCAACAGAACAGGCCGUCACCACAGAAGGGACCCGGGUGCAUAUGGAUCCUACCACUCACUCUGCCUCUCUGACCACUACUCCCACAUCGGCAGAAGUGACCACAGAGCUGGGCCAGGCAGAAGAGGCCAGCCCGGUUUCACCUUUUCUCAGAACAUCUUCACCUCAAGCUACAGAUGUUUCUACAGCCGCAAUGUUGACUUCCGAAUAUACCACCUUGGCUGCUCAGAGCCCCGCACAGUCACCAACAGCUCUGUCGCCUCCAGCCCCAGUCAACAGCUGUACCGUGAACCCCUGUCUUCAUGAUGGCGAAUGUCUCGUGGACCUCACCGGUCGUGGGUAUCGAUGUGUGUGCCCUCCUGCCUGGCAAGGGGACAACUGCAGUGUGGAUGUGAAUGAGUGCCUCUCCAGCCCCUGCCCACCCCUAGCCACCUGCAGCAAUACUCAGGGAUCCUUCAGCUGCAGAUGCCCAGUCGGGUAUCAGUUGGAGAAAGGAAUAUGCAAUCUGGUUAGAACCUUCGUGACUGAGUUUAAAUUAAAGAAGACUUUUCUCAAUACGACCGUGGACAACCAUUCCAGCACUCACGAGGUUGAGAACGAGAUCGCUCACACGUUAAACUUGUGUUUUUCAUCGUUGCCUGGUUAUAUCCGAUCUACAGUUGCUGUGUCCAGAGAGCCCAGUACAGAGGUGAUCUCACUACAAACCACUUUUGCCCUGGCCUCCAAUGUGACACUCUUUGACCUGGCUGACGGGAUCCAGAAAUAUGUCAACUCCUGCAGGUCCUCUGCUGAAGUUUGCCAGCUCUUGGGGUCUCAGAGGCGGAUCUUUAGAGCGGGCAACUUGUGCAAGCGGAAGAGCCCGGAGUGCGACCGAGAGACCUCCGUCUGCACCGACCUGGAUGGCGUCGCCCUGUGUCAGUGCAAGUCCGGCUACUUUCAGUUCAACAAGAUGGAUCACUCUUGCCGAGCAUGUGAAGAUGGAUAUAGGCUUGAAAAUGAAACCUGUAUGAGUUGCCCAUUCGGCCUGGGUGGUCUCAACUGUGGAAACCCCUACCAGCUCAUCACCGUGGUGAUUGCAGCCGCAGGAGGUGGCCUUCUUCUCAUCCUGGGCAUCGCACUGAUUGUGACCUGUUGCAGAAAGAGUAAAAAUGACAUAAGUAAGCUCAUCUUCAAAAGCGGGGACUUCCAAAUGUCCCCGUACGCCGAGUACCCCAAGAAUCCUCGCUCACAAGAAUGGGGCCGAGAAGCCAUUGAAAUGCACGAGAAUGGGAGCACCAAAAACCUUCUGCAGAUGACAGACGUGUACUACUCGCCCACAAACGUAAGGAACCCUGAACUUGAACGCAACGGACUCUACCCAGCCUACACUGGACUGCCCGGAUCAAGGCACUCCUGCAUUUUCCCGGGACAGUAUAACCCGUCUUUCAUCAGCGAUGAGAGCAGGAGGAGAGACUACUUCUGAGUCCAGGAGAGAGAGGGGCCCAUGUCUCUGAGGCACAUCCCCAGCCCUCUGGCUCAGAGAACCGCACCGGAAGGGAGCGCCGUGUACUGGCUGCCUCUAGGACUUGUCAGAGCCACACUUGAGGGGCAUGACCACAGGGGAGGGGACAGAUGGAUGCGGAGCUGCAGGCCACUCAUUCCGCACUGGUAUUACUGUGAACAUGAACGUGGGCCAGUACCGAGUCUCCGAACGUCUGGCGCGCAGAAUUGGCUGACUUCCGCAGGAGACCACUAGGCAUCAUUUCUAGGACCCAGUUCCCCUUUAAUUUGCACUUUAAUAGAUCGGGCAGGGAGGUUUCAUUUUUUGACUCAUUUCCAGACUAUUCCAGAAAGCCUUCCUUUUCUAGGAUCCUUCUGCAGGCCUCAGCGUGGUGAUUGAUUGGCAGGCAGGUGCUGGCACUUUGGUUUCCCUGCCUGGUGGCUUGUGCUACACACCAGAUGGAGUACACAUACCACUGUGGUCCAGUGAUGCAGCAGUCAGGGGCCAUAGUCUUUCAAGGUUUCUAAGUUGCCUGAGCUCAUUUCCAAGCUAACGCCCCAAACGAGAACUUGACCUUUGCAAGGUGAAGCACACACCUUCCAUUUGUGUUGUAAGUUGAGAUGAUACCUUGGCUUAGGAUUUAUUCAUUUUACUUUUCCAAACAAGAAUGAAUCAGGGCGAAAGGACUUCCACUUGGUUUUCAUUAGAAGUAUCCAGCUGCCCCUUAGUAAGUCCUGGCAGGCAGUAUCAGGCGGUCCUCCAUGUGGGAGGGUGUUUUUGAACCACGCGGGAGUCGCAUGGGGCCUGGGACUCUGACGCCAGAGUCUGCAGUUGUAGUAGGGAAAGGGAGAGUCGAUCGCAGGUGCAUCUGAGCUAGCUAGCGUCUCAGCACUGAAGGAUAAAGCAGCCUGCUGUGGUCCCCACAGCAGAGUGGGACAGAGGAACGGCCUGGAUGACAGUAUUUCCUGCAUCAGUGUUUUGAAAAGCUGGGGGGAUUCCCCGAGGAAGAAUAGGGAGCUGGGAGAGAGCCACAGGUAAGGGUGUGUACCUGCUAAUCUUUGAACCCAGAAUGUUGUCCACAAACUCACGGAAACUUUGGACCACUAAAAGCCAUUCUCUCGCCCGGCCGUCAAUAUGUCUGUGUUCUUAUACAGUGGCCCCUUGAGACUCAGUUAUGGUCCAGGUCAGCUUUGGAGAACGAAAGCUUGGCCGGCUAAGGGCCUGAGAGCUUGCUUUGAGGGAAAGAGUUCUGUGUCUUGUUUAUUGCACUGUGGUGGGGUCCUGUUGUGUGUGUGUGGAGGGGGGAGGGCUCUGUCCCCUGUGGAACUACAUGUAUCAACUUGUGGAAUAUUGGAACAUCCUGGUUUGGGAUGAGUGAGGAGGGCAAAGCAUUUCCCCACUCUGAAGCUGGAAAUUCAGUGGCAGAUCUUUCUGGAAAUGGGGCAGCUGUUGGAGAUGGAUCUGUGUGUGUGUUUAUGUGGGGUUCUCUGGUUCCUCCAAAUUUUAUGCAGGUCCCCAUCCUGUUUUAAGUGUGAGCUGUGCCUCGUGGUCUCCACCGCUCAGGACCACUAGUCAGGUGCAGUGGAUUUUAACCAUCAGAAGGCACUCAUUAGUACAGGGAGGAUUCUGUUGCUGUUAGUUGAUGCUCACUUCAGGUUGCAAAGCAGCCCUCAAGAAGCCAUGGGUCUUGCCUCUAGCUCACUGUGGAACUGAUGGCUCCUUGUAUCUUUGUGAGCUCCUGUGCUCGGUUUGCCUGGGCCCAGAUCCCUUGUGAGGUAGCCUGGUUCUAGCCCUUCCCUCAAUGUCCCUGUUUGUCCCCAGCCUCACUGCUGUUCCCCCACACACUUCUAAUGCCUUCAGCUGGCGUCACAGCUGCUGAGCACCUGCUUAGGGGGCCAGGAGCCUCAAGCCCCACACAAUGGAAAUUCCCAGAAAAAUUCCUGGGAAGAAUCCCAGUGUCCAGAAAAAGUGUCCUGUGAGUUCCAAAAAUGCUUGCUGACUCAUGAGUUUGGUCCAAAUAGAGUUGAUUAAGAGUGUUUCAUUUUUUUUUUAACUGUGAAAAAAAUGGGAGCGCCAAGCAAGGGUGAAUUCAUACUGACUCUACUGUUUCACGGGGGGCUUGAGAUAGAAAGGCUUGAAGAAUUUGUAUAAGAGACAUAACUUAUCUGGACUCUCUGCCCACCAUUGGAAGGAAUGGGGUGACUGGGUGAUCUGCUACUUGGGGUUACAUCCAGAUGGAGCCUGGAGAUAGGACGUCAGUCAGCAGGCCAUGUGCAGGACAGACAGGAUGAACCCGUGCCUAGACGUGCAGAGUCUCCGCUGGACACAAGUGCUCAGAGUCCGUCCCCAUGACCUAGAACGCAUAAUUCACGUGCACGGAUGUGUCACAGUCCUGCAUUGGGGUCCCAGGGUGGAGGAUGUGGGGGGAAGGGAAAAGGCACACUGCUUAGGAAAUGCUUGUGUGCAAAAGGGCCAGGCCAGGCAGAACUUAGCCUAUCCUGAGGGGUUCAGGAACAGGAAAGAAAGGGGGCUUUCCAAGGGGUCCCUUCUCUCUCUCUCUCUCUCUCUCUCUCUCUCUCUCUCUCUCUCUCUCUCUCUCCCCCUCUCUCCCUCCCUCCCCCCUCCUUCCCUCCCUCUCUCCUCUCCCCCUCUCUCCCCACAAGGCACCUCAUGACACUGGAGCUUAUCUCUUAAGAGGAUGAAUAGCAUCAUGUGUUCCCACCAUGCACCAGGCUCUCUGCGAGGUGUCUGGCCUUACCUGUGUUAGUGGGUGAUGAGCAUUCAGAGAGGGGCCCGGGAAUGUAGCUUAGAUGGCAGAGUGCUUGCCUAGCAAUGUACAAGCCCUGGGUUUGAGCCUCGGCACCCUAUAAACUGGGCAUAGUGGUAUACUCCUGUAACCCCAGCCCUCGGGGGUUGAGGCCAGAGGAUCAGGACAUCAAGGGUUUCCUGGAGCACAUGACAGUUGUCUCAAAAAGGAAACUAUUGACUGGUUAGCAGUUGGCAAGAAGAAUAUUGGUAUGUAGCUUGGGCUGCUAGAAGCGAAAGGGAGUGGUCUAGGUGGGUUUUUGACCAGCACAAUCAGGCUGAGGUGCCCAUUUGAGGGCUUCCUGCUUGACUCUCAAAGCGAGGCCAUGGCUCCCACAUAUUAGAUGUGUGAACCUUUUGGAGUUUGGAACACAGUUGAAUGUCCGGGGUGCUGAAGGAUCUUCCUUAUUGGGGAGGUUAUUUUUAGAAGCAUCUAAGUCGUGUUGAACCAGAACUGUCGUAUGAUUGGUGCGGUCAAGCUGCCUCGUGGCGUUGGAGGUCAAAGGUGACAGUUACGCUCUGAAAGAGGAAGUCAUAAAAGCUGGCCCGUAGGAGAGAGCAGCAUUGUUGGAAGGAGACUGGUGGACCACCAAGAGUAAAGUCUUCAAAGAUGCUGUGUGAUACUCAAGAUACUCAAGUGUGAGGUUCCCAAGUGGGCACACUAGGGUUACCCCGGCACAUGGCUUGGGGUGCCUCCUUAAGCCACCUUGCCCAGUUGUGAAGUUCCGGGGUCUCUGUAACUGUAGGACUUGGCCUAACACAGUAAAACUAUUCAGCAAAGUUGCCCUUGGCUAAGUGUCCCACAAUACACUCAAAACUAGGGGCUUUACCCCUAGUUCUGAAUUUAUAUUGAUUUGCCUUUCGAGACCAAAGCACUUCUUUGGGAAGAACAAUGCAAAGUUCUGUGUUUUCGUAUUUUAUUUAAAAUGGCCUGAAAUAGCAGAGACAUAGUCAUCUACCAGUCUGUCUACCUGAAUGCUUUUUGUUUUAGAAAAGGACACGCACAUCCCUCUUUUCUCUUCCUCCUCUUCCUCCUCCUCCUUCUCCUCCCCCCCUCCCCCUCCUCCUCCUCAUCCUUUUCAUCCUCCUCCUCCUUCUGGAGGGUAGGACCAGGAAUGGAACCCAGGCUUGCACACAGGGCAAGUGCUAUGCUGUACCACGGAGCUGUAUCACACAGCAGCCCUGUCUUGUCUUCUUCCUAUCAGUAACAUUCUAAAGGGCUCACCAGCAUGUUGGGAGACAGAAAUGGUUUUGUAGUUUGUCGUUGGGGAUGCGUGUUCUUUCUGUUCUCAAAUCCCAAUGGGAAGAAAAAAACAAUAGGAACAUUGAAGUUAAAAUAGUAACUUUAAACUUUUUUAAAAAAUAACCGGUUAAGAUAAUAGGAACAUUGGAGUAUUAAAUGCCAAUCAGUCCCUUGUACUUAAGUUCUCUUCGAGGUUACCCUCCUUUAUGUCUGGUGGGAACUUUAGCCAACAGAAUAGCCUGUGCAACCAAAGGGAACCCUUGAGGUCUGAAAAGAGGCAGGUCCUGGACUGCACCUGUCAUGUGGGCAUUUUCAAAGAGGGCAUUGCCAAGGGGCUGCCUGGUAGAUUCUGCUAUAAUUUUAAAUGACGGGCUUGAUGCCCUUGUUGAGGAUGGGGUGAGAAUAGGGCUGGGGUGAAUCGGUUUGUCAGGGGAACUGAACCUACUCACUUAAUCUUUGGGCAUUACCUAGGCCUGGUCUACAGAGAAAAUGACUGUUUCACCACAAGUUGCUGUGAGUUUUGGUGAUGUGUGUGUGUGUGUGUGUGUGUGUGUGUGUGUGUAUCUGGCCUUGAGGUUCAGUGGAGAUGAAGCUGCGAUACGAACUCCAUUCCCAUUGUCCUGGAUUUUGUUCUGUACUCCUUGAAACUGACUGUGUGAAACCCAUCAUGAGAAUGUUAUUUAAAGUUGUAUUAUAAUGUCGCCUCCACUAAUUAUUCAGUACUGUAGCAGCAAAGUAUUAUUUGUAAGAAUUCGGUUAUUUUUAUACUUAUAUCCACUCUAAGUCUGGCGUUCUAGUCAGCAAAAAAAAUGAUGCAAUAAAGUUAAUAUCAUUCCCAUUGGUUUUCUUUUAAAACAA